AUGGAAGGGAUAUGGUUGUUGUGUGAUUAUAAGGCUAAGCAGUUUGAUGUUAGGGUGGAAGAUGUAGACUUAACUAGUAUUAUUGAUUUGUUCAAUGAGAUACAUGAUGAGUCUGUGAAGCAAGGAUUGGAUACUGUUGAGGUAUUCAUAGAGGAUACACAACAACCUCCUAGGAUUGUGAUGAAAUUAGUGAAGGACUUGAGGGAAGAAAAGAGAAAAGCUGAGGCCGAGAAACUUAGAAAGAUUGCUGAAGAAAAGGAAAGAGAGAGGGAGGAAGAAAGAAAAAGACAGGAAGAACAAGAUGAAUUGAGGGAGUUGGAGGAGCAAAUGCCCCCUGUGGCAAUUGAAAUUCCAGUUUAUAAUCCUGAUGAUAUGAGUGGAAUUGAAGAUGAACUGGAAGAAGAAUCUGAGGAUGAUGAGGCUGAUGAUGAUUAUGUUUGGGAAGAAGGGAGUUCAGAUGAUGAGGGUUAUGAUUUAGAAUUAGAGGGUGAAGUUGAGGAUGAAGAAGUGGAUGUAUUGCUAGAGAAAGAAUUUGAGGAUUACUUGGAUGGGGGGUCAGUUUUAGACAAGUUGUACACAAAUGGUACAGUUGUGGGAGAGAUGCUUUUUGGGCAGGUGAAGCUUGAUCAAUGGAUGAUCUUUUCAAACAAAGAUCACUUCCUUGGAGUGUUCAAGGACUACUGUAUUCAAGAGGGGUUUGCAGUGAGGGUUGAGAAGGCUGACAACCUUAGGUUCACUGCUAGGUGUAUAAUAAAGGACUGUGAGUGGAGAAUUCAUGCAUCCAAACUGAUGGAUGGCAUUAGUUGGGCCAUAAAGUCUGUAACAGGUGAGCAUAAGUUGUGUGGCAGAAUGGAGGAGAACCCAAUGGUUACCAGUGUUUGGUUAACAAGGCAUUUGGGUGAUGUAAUUAGUGCAAACCCUGAUGUACCUGUGCACUCAUUACAGAAGAUGUGUUUGGAAAGGUUUAGGAUAAAGGUGAAGGAAAGGUUGUUAUAUAAGGUGAAGUGCAUGACAAAGGAGCAGAUGUAUGGGGGCUUCUCUGAAUCCUAUGGGCUGCUACCAGCAUAUGCAGAGAUGAUAAAGAGGACUAACACUGGUAGCUAUGCUUUGGUGACUUGGACAGCCAACUCUUCAAACAGCACACCAAAGUUCAAGGCUUGUUUCUUCUCAUUUGCAGCUCAGUUCAAGGGGUUUCUAAGAGGGUGCAGACCUCUUAUUGGGUUUGAUGGGACACAUUUAAGUGGGUUCUAUAAAGGAAUCUUGUUGACUGCUAUGGCUAUUGAUGGAAAUAAUGAAAUAUUUCCAAUAGCUUAUGGGAUAGUGGACACAGAGAGUAAAGAUAGUUGGAGCUAUUUUUUCAGAAACUUGAAAUUGGUUUUCCAGUCACAAGGUGUUAACAAGGAUGACUGGACAUUCAUAAGUGACAGGAUGAAGGGUGUUGAGGGAGCACUGUUGGAGGUGUUCCCUAAAGCUACUAGGAGGAUUUGCUGUCAACACCUAUAUUCCAAUUGCAAGAAUGCUGGAUUCACUGGCCCUGCUUUCCAUAAAUCUUUUUGGAUUGCUGCUAAUGCCUACAACCUUUAUGUAUACAACAAAGCCAUGGAGAAGAUAACAAAGGUUGAUCCUAAAGCUACAGAAUAUCUGGACAAGGCAGAGGAGCAGUGGUCUAGGCAUGUAUUUGACCCUGUUGUGUGUUGUGAUCACAACACAACAAAUUUUGUUGAGUCUUUCAAUGCGUGCACAAAACCUUUCAGAGAUCUCCCUGUCCUCACUUUGUUGGAAGAAAUUAGGGGUUGGUGUAUGAAAAAGGUGGGGGCUAGAUUUGACAGAGCUGUUGACAUGGAACCCACUGACCUCACUGACUAUGCCACUAAGUUGUUGGAGGUCAGGGCUGAUGAAAGCAGGUUCUGCCAUGUUGUGGAAGCUGGUGAAGGGGAGUUUGAGGUGUUGGAUGAUCAUGUGCACUUCCUUAUUAGGCUAGAAACUAGGACAUGGGGCUGUGGAAAAUGGCAGGGCACUGGUAUACCCUGCAAACAUGGUUUGAAGGUUAUUUUUGACCAGAGGCUUAACCCACAUGACUAUGUCUCUGACUACUACAAGGGGGCUGCAUAUAAAGAGACCUAUGCAAGCCACAUACACCCCAUGCCUGACUCCUCUCAAUGGCCUGAGUUUGAACUCCCUAUAAUUGACCCUCCCCCAUUCAAAAGAUGUGCUGGAAGGCCUGCUAAACAGAGGAAGAGAGGUCCAAAUGACAAGAAAAAAGGGAAGAGGAGCAGCACUAUUAGUGUGGCAAGUGCAAAGAAAUAG